GAGUGAGUGAAUGUGUUGACAGUAUUUUGUUGGACAUCGCAUUGAAUACCAUAAACUGAUUGUUGUAUUCAUUAUAAUCACAAUUAAGUGUUUGUUUGCAAUUAAUUAUACUUUACAUCACCAUUGAAUCCAUUGGAAGCAUUGCAAAGAUGAGUGAUCCGCGACUGAACCAAAUUAGGAUAAAGACUGGCGUUUUGAAGAGAGUGACCAAAGAGAAGACGAUAUACGAGAGGGAAGUGGAGACCGAAAGGAAGCGCUUGGAAGACAUGAGGAGUCAACUCAAAGAUGAAUAUGAGUUACGCAAACAGGAGGAAGUGAUCAAUGAGUGUCUUAUUAUGGUUCCCGACGCCAUCACUCGUAUUCAACAGGCGUUUAAUGAUUUAAACACUGUUUUGCAGGAAAGCCAAUCGGAAUUGUCUGAAACAGAAGUCUUUCAAACGGCCAAGAAUUUGAUCCAAGAGUGUCAACAGAUGUUUCCAUAAAUGGAUUCCAACAAUGGAUUCACUAAUUUUAUUGCCAUAUAUUAAAAGUGUAACAGUUUUGAAAUAUGAUAAAAGUUGGGAUCAAACUAUCAUUAUUAUGAUUACUAUCAUUGAAUACUAUAUUUUGUUAUUUGUGC